GCGGGCGCCGCUAGCCGGCGGAAGAUGGCGGAGGGCGGCGGCGCCGAGCCCGGCGAGCAGGAGAGGAGGUCUUCCGUGCCGCGGCCCCCGAGUGCGCGGGAUUUGCAGUUGGCGUUGGCAGAAUUAUAUGAAGAUGAAGUGAAAUGCAAAUCUUCCAAGUCUGAUAGACCUAAAGCUGCAGUCUUUAAGAGCCCACGAACGCCACCUCAGCGGUUUUAUUCAAGUGAAAAUGAAUACAGUGGAUUACAUAUAGUUCGACCUUCAACUGGGAAAAUUGUGAAUGAACUUUUCAAAGAGGCAAGGGAACAUGGGGCUGUCCCUCUGAAUGAAGCCACAAGAGCUUCAGGUGAUGACAAAUCUAAGUCAUUUACAGGUGGAGGAUACAGAUUGGGUAAUUCCUUUUGUAAGAGGUCUGAAUAUAUCUAUGGAGAAAAUCAGCUACAAGAUGUUCAGAUUUUGCUUAAACUGUGGAGCAAUGGCUUCAGUUUAGAUGAUGGAGAAUUGAGACCUUACAGUGACCCAACAAAUGCUCAAUUUCUGGAGUCUGUUAAGAGAGGAGAGAUUCCCCUGGAGCUUCAACGCCUGGUUCAUGGUGGCCAAGUGAAUUUGGAUAUGGAGGAUCAUCAGGAUCAAGAAUACAUAAAACCUAGAUUGAGGUUCAAGGCUUUCAGUGGAGAAGGGCAAAAACUUGGAAGCCUUACACCUGAAAUAGUCAGUACACCUUCCUCCCCAGAAGAGGAGGAUAAAUCAAUACUUAACGCAGUUGUUCUCAUUGAUGAUUCCAUGCCAACAACAAAAAUUCAAAUCAGGUUAGCAGAUGGAAGUCGUUUGAUACAAAGAUUCAAUAGUACACACAGGAUUCUGGAUGUCCGGGACUUUAUUGUGCAGUCCCGUCCUGAAUUUGCAACUCUUGACUUUAUUCUUGUGACUUCAUUUCCAAAUAAAGAACUAACAGAUGAAAGCCUGACACUACAAGAAGCAGAUAUUCUUAAUACUGUGAUACUCCAGCAACUAAAAUAAUACUGCUCUUACAUGCAGUAGCAUGUGGGAAUAGAUAAUGUGCCAUAUUAAUAAGGAAAAUACUUCCAGCAUUAAAAACAACCAGGUUAUUUUUAUUGUUUUUACAGAUGAAUUUUGGCCACCUGCAUUCCUUGGCUUGUGGCCCCCUUCUUCCAUCUCAAAAGCCAGCACCAUUGCAUCUCUCUGACCCUUCUGUGAUCACGUCGCCCUGACAACAGCCAGGAAAGGUUCUCUGCUUUUAAGGACUCAUACUGAUUUAGAUUGGGUCCACUGGAUAAGCCAGGAUUAUCCCUCUAUCUUAAGAUCUGUAGUAACUUUAAUCACAUCUGCAAAGUCCCUUUUACCAUUUAAGGUUACACAGAGGUUUGGGGAUUAGGGCAUGAACAUUUUAGGGGGAACAUUAUUCUGCCUAACUACCCUGUCCCAAAGAUUCACAUCUAACAAAGGUGCUCAAAUGUCUUAACCCAUUAUAGCGUCAACUCAAAGUCUAAAAUCUUGUCAGAAGCUCACGAACUCAAAAGUCCCAAAUCUCAUCAUUUACAUCAUCUAAAUUAAGCAUGGGAGAGGAUCUGGGUAUGAUGCCUGGGUUGUAAUUCCUGUCUAUGCACCUGUGGACCUAGAAAACAAGUUAUCUGCUCCCAAAUAUGAAGGCAGGACAAGCAAAGAAUAACAGUUAUAUACAUUCCUGUUCAAAAAGCAGAAAAUGGAAUGAAAAAAGGAGCCACCAGCACCAGUGAAUUUGUAAAUCCAGCCAGUCACACUUAACUAAGUUUUAAGGCCUGAGAUUGAGCUUCCUUGGCUCCCAGCUCAGUUCUCUGGGCUUGUAACUCCAUCUCAGAGUCAUCUUUCCUUUUUUCACAAAAGGCACAUGCUUGUAGCUGAGUAGUUUUGUCGGCUUGUUUCUCCUUCCAUUCUCUACACCCUGCAGUUAAAGCUGGCGGUGUUUCUGCUAGUGUAACGCUGUCAGGGAACUUGUGGGUCUCCUGUGUAUGCCAUGGGGAUUCACUCCAUUGCCCUGGAGUCUCCUCACAUAUCUUUCCCGGAUAAGCCUAUCUCUGUUUUUUACUUUUUCUGAAGUAUCUAAGAGAAUCUAUGAUUCACACCCUUAAUGUCUUCAAAGAGCCUUUUGUGUGACUGAAUUCUCAGACCUUUUGAUCCUUCUGAGGUAUUAGCAAAAGGUUGUACAGCCAUGUCCUUGUCUGUUUCUCUAAAGCAGGCAGUCCUUACUGUGAAUCUCUUAAUUUUCGUGUCUUUUGCUGUUUGGGUAGGCUGAGAAUUUCCCAAGUCAUCAAGUCCUAGUUUCUUUAUAUUUACCCUUUCUUCCCCCAACUUACCUAUCUCCUUUCACAUUUGACUAUAAUCAGCCAGAAGGCAGGCUGUACCUUCCACAGUGUGCUUGAAACUAUCCUCAACUAAACAGUAAGUUUAUCACUUACAAAUUCUGCUUUCCACAUAACUGCAAGACAUAAUUCAGUUAAGCUUUCUGUCACUAUGUAACAAGGAUCCCUUUCUUCCAGUUUUCCAAUAACAUAUUCCUCAUUUUCUUCUAAGCCCUCAGCAGCAGCACCUUUAAUGUUGUUAUUUCGUGAUGAUUUGAGUAUUCUCUGUGGCAAUUUUGGCAUUCUCUACCAUGCUCCUCACUUUCUUCAAGCCCUUGCUGACAUUACCGUUCCAUGUUUCUACAACAGUCUGUUUAAGUCAGUGUUUAAGUCAGUAUUAUGCCCCUCAGAAUUCUCCCAGCCUCUACCCACUGCCCCGUUCCAGAGCCACUUCUCCAUUUUUAGGUAUUUGUUACAGCAGCACCCCACUGCCAGGUAUCUAGAAAAGUCUUUUUUACCUUCUCAUGCCAAUUAACUUGAAUGUGCUGCUGGGAGAUUAGGAAUCCACCUUUCUCCAGGUGGAUAUUUCUCUGGUCAUUUCAAAGAGGCGAAUUUACAUGUGCUAGGGUUUUUAAUACUGAGAAUGCUUCCAGAACUGCCACAAGAUAAAAGUGUUGAUCCCACUACUGCAGGGAAGAAUUUUUCUCAGUGUCAUAAUAGAAGGAAGAUUAUUCCUAGGUCUUCCCCUCAGAAUAGGAAGCCCUGCUCCUUUCCACUUAUCGAACACAACUUGGAUGAUACGUAACAGCUCCAACUCAGGAAGAUUACCAGGGGUAAACUGCCUUUGCACGGGGCAAAAUCAUCUUCACAGGGAAACGAUUUCCAGACAGAAAUGACUGUUUUAAAUAAAAGGGCAUUGUCCUGUUUUGGAUUAACAAAGCAGGAAAAAAAAUAACCAAACAUUGUAAAAUUAUUUGAAAUUUUCUUGUUUUUAUCAAUUAAGUGCAGUGCCUAUAGAUGCC